GUAAUAUAAACCACAGGAUAAUAGUGCCUUAUUAUCCAUCGUGCGGGCGAUAAAUUCGGAGUAUAUAAUAGAGGACCUAGUGAAAGCAUUAUAAGCAGACACUAAACGUAACGAGGCAGGCAAUCGAUUAAGACGUUAUGUUAUCUAAAAUAUGCGCUACCGUCAUCCCGUUCCUGCUAGGAGCUAUUAUGUUCGUCGAAAACGACAAAGAAUGGAUUUUCGAUCCAGAAUAUGUAUUCAAACUGACAAAAUCCAUUAGGGCAUACAUGACGGACAAACAUUCUAUAGGUGAAAAAAUAACUGCUGUGGUGAAGUGUCGUCUAAAUAUAUUGUCUCAAAUUGACAAAAAUAUUUUGUUCUGUAAUGCAAACCAUAUCUUUGUGACAUAUAUGUCGCGGGUGCAGGAUAAAAAUUGGAAAGAAAUAGUAGAUGGCGUGUACUCUGCCACUCCCAAUAAACGAUCAAAAAAAAUACCGGACCAAUUAUUUAAAAUAGAGUUUAGCAAGAAAGGUGUACAGAAUUUUACAUUAAAAACAGCGAAACGAAAGCAUUAUAACAUUAUCACAGAUAUCAUCGAUCAAUUCAAUAUGGGCAUUGAUUUGAGUAUCGCAAGACACAGAAUGGAAAGUUAUGAAAGCCAGAAACGCGGACCAUAUGUAAUCUCCUUUUUCUCAAACCAUCAGGAAAAGACGACAAGAGCUAUUAAAUGUAACACGUCAGGGACAGUUAAGUAUACACCAUUACAUCAAUAUAAUAAAGACAAAACAUCUGGAAUCCAGAACAAUAAAAAAGAAACAAAGAAAACGAACUUCCAUUUUCAACUCGGAUUGCUACCGAUAUGUGACAAGUAUCCCGCCAGUAAAACUUUGGUGAUAAACAGAAUUAGAAACGCAUGCACUCAUCAACGGCGAAAUCUCAGGUUUUUUAACACCAAAUGGAAGCUUAUCAACGUGAAACAGUAUUCUAACACAAUGAAGAUCCACGACGAAGAACCGCAGUUCUCAAGUCAUACUCAUGUACAGGGGAAUGUUUUUUUCCCAAUAAGCACAACCUCAGUACAUAAAUUUGAGGAAAAUGUGUACCUCAACCUAGUCCGUAUAAAAGCUGCACGGAAAGAGCUUAAUACAGCUGAAUAUGAAUGAGACCGUUAUGAAAUCGAAGAAACUGGUAAAUGCAUAAUUAUACUGAAACACAAGAGGUUUUAAAAUCUGAGAGGGUUUAUAGGCAAACCAGAAUUUGACAUUAUAUAGCUGUACAGAAGCUUGGAUAUAUAAAAUUGUAAAAACAUGCUAAGAA